GUAAGUUAUUGAUAUUGAACACGAUAAACCUCAUGUGAUAUCCAAGUGAGUCCUCAAUCCAUUCAAUCACUCCGUUUAUUCAGUUACCUACCCUCCAACCGCCAGCAAUCAGCCAUGUGCCUUGAAUAUUUCCUCAUGGAAGAACCUCAAACCACCUACCAUGACUCCUAACUCCACCACAAGUACAUAAAGCCCCCAUUCCCAGCCUUCCAGCAUCCCCAACACACCACCAAAGCUCUCCAGUAUAUCCAAAAACCACACUCACAACAACCCAGACCCUCAAAAUUACCCCCAAACUACAUAUGAAAAUGUCUCUCCUCACCCGCCCCCCACCCCCCUCAACCCACUCCUUCCUCUCCCGCCCCAACACCUUCACCCUCCCCUUCCCCACCGGCGCAACCCUACACUUCACCCUCCCCCUCCUCCCCGCACGCCUCUCGCCCCUACGCACCCCCGAACUAACCCACCUCCGUACCUACCUCACCUCCCUCCUCUCCUCCCACACCAUAACAUCCCACCAAACCCUUCUCGCCCACAUUCUCAGCCUACGACGCAUCAUAUCCCUCCGCUUAUCUCGGUCGCAGCAACUCACGCCUGUGGAGCAAAAAGCAUGGUACUCAGGCCACGGCUUCCCUAUUUUCGAUAGCGAGAAUAGAGUGACAGGAUUCGAGUGGUGCUGGGAAGCGCUGGAGUUUGAAUUCGGGGUGCAUGUCGUGGCGUGGGUUGUGCGGUGGCUCUUUAAACUCCAGAGAAGAACUGCGGAGGAAAGGUAUGCGGUUCGGCGGUCCUACCGGUUUAUGGAAAACGAAGUUUCGUAUCGGAGGGAAAAGGUGGAGGGACAUGAAGUUGUCGAGUGGAGAUGCAACGGCGAAGAAGUGUGUGUGUGGGUUUACGGGGCGUGUUUUCGAGAUAGGCAGGAGUGGGAGUUUAUCAGGGGUGAGCUGGAGGGGUAUGAGGUGGGGAUGCUGAAGGAGGGGGUGGCCAAGAUACGGAAUACGGUGCGGGGAGGGUGGGAGUUUAUGUUGUAUGUUGAGGGGGAGGAGGCGGAGGUUGAGGAGUUGUUUUUGGUGGAGAGGCCAGCGUCUGAGAGUCUUUCGGAUCGGAGCGAGGACGACGAUGCGGAGUCGUUGGAUGGAUACUGCUAUGGCGACGAUGUAGAGCGACUUGUUGCGCUAGCAUCAGGACUUGGGGAACUUGCACAGUCUUCCUGCGCCUCCUCUAGCGACGACCAUGAGGAAGCUGUUGAACAGACACUGGCAGUAGCUCCUCGCUUUGGAGACUUGCUGCACCAGGCAGAAACACUGGUCAGCGCGAUUAAGGGUAUCAAUGACAAAAAGCAAUCGUCGUCUUCCCAGCACAGCCAGAUUCCACCCGCUUUGCAAACUCAGCCACUUCCAUCCCAGUACGCUGCAUCGACUAUCAGACUCCCACGUUGUGCGGCUACAAGGCAACCAAGGACGCUACAACGAUAUCAGGCCUAUGCCGAAGAUGACGACGGUGAAGACUCGAUUACUGCUUUGCCGAGCUCAUGGCGCGAUAUUUGAGGCUCACAGCUAAAUUCAAAGGGUGUGUGUAUAGUACUCUAAUUUAUCUGAAUUAGUGUACUCGAGUUGUAUAAAUGAUUGCAUAUUGAUGAUACAAAAAAAAGUGUUUUUAGCCAAAAUAUGUGUACA